GGAGAAGCGGCGCCAUGCCGAUUGGAGAAAAGCUGGAGGUUUUGCGGCGGCAAGCCACUCAGAGGCGGCUGAAGAAGUUCGCCCAGCUGAGAGGUAAAGUUGUACCGACUGGGGAAUUCUGGGAUGUAGUUGUAAUAACAGCAGUUGACAAAAACCAGGAAAUUGCAUACCAACAACAGUUAUCAGAAAAGCUGAAGAGAAAGGAACUACCUCUUGGUGUUCAUUACCAUGUUUUUGUAGAUCCCCCUGGACCCAAAAUUGGAAAUGGUGGAUCAACACUCCAUGUCCUUCGUUGCUUGGAAGAGCAUUAUGGUGAUAAAUGGGAUUCUCUUACUGUCUUAUUAAUCCACUCUGGUGGCUAUAGUAAGCGUUUACCAAAUGCAAGUGCCCUGGGAAAAAUUUUUACAGCUUUGCCUUUUGGAAACCCAGUUUACCAGAUGUUGGAUUUAAAACUGGCAAUGUAUAUUGAUUUUCCCAUCCAAAUGAAUCCAGGCAUUUUGAUUACUUGUGCAGAUGAUAUUGAACUUUAUAAUAUUGGAGAAACAGACUUAAUCAGAUUUGAUCAGCCUGGAUUUACUGCUUUAGCUCAUCCUUCCAGUUUGACCAUUGGUAUGACUCAUGGUGUAUUUGUAUUGGAGCCAUCUUCACAUUUGACAGAAAAGGAUGAACUUGAAUACCGAUCUUGUAACCAUUUCCUGCAUAAGCCUAGCAUUGAGACCAUGCGUCAGUCUGGAGCAGUAUGUGUAAUGAGUCAUACAUCUCCUAGAGGGAUGGGAGACUCAAGAUUCUUCAACUCCGAGUAUGUGUAUACAGAUAGUCUGUUUUACAUUGAUCACUCCACUGCAAAACUGUUGUUGACAUUUUAUAAACAGAUGGGCAAGCUUUACUGUGAAAUAGAUGCCUAUGGUGACUUUCUGCAGGCACUGGGACCUGGAGCAACACAAGAUUAUGCAAGAAAUAUAGAAAACGUCUCUAAAGAAGAAUUGUGUUUAGUGGAAACCAGAGAAAAAAUAUUUAGUCUUCUAAAAGGAUUGCCUCUCAAUGUUAUACUCUUAAAUAACUCCGAAUUCUGUCACAUUGGGACCACAUACGAGUGCUUGUUUCAUUUCACUUCUGAUAGAAAGCUGAAAUGGGAAAUGGGUUUGCUGCCAAACGUUUUCAGCAUCUGUCCAAAGACUGCAGAAGGGUUGGAGAAAUCAGCAUGUAUUAUUCAUAGCAUACUUGGUCCCAUGAGCUCUGUUGCACCGGGCUCAUUAGUUGAGUACUCCAGGCUGGGAUCUGAGGUUUCUGUGGGAACUAACAGUGUUAUCAGUGGUUGUUGCAUUGAUAUCAAAGCACACCUACCACCAAACACUUUCAUAACGACAAUUAGUGUGAGGAUUGAUGGACAAGUAAUGUAUGUAAGCAUGGUGUUUGGAACAGAAGAUGAUUUGAAAAAGACUGUGACAAAGUUGUCUGAUACACACCUACUUCAUUAUUUUGGAGUCAGCCUUGACCAAUGCUUAGAGCUCUGGGACUUGAGAGUUUCAGACCAGCUCUUUUCUGGUCACCAGACAUCUUUAGAUUUAUGGACAGUUCGGAUUUUCCCUGUUUGCUCCACUUUAAGUGAUUCAGUGGAAGUGUCAUUAGCGAUUUUAAACUCUGUGAAGAAAAUGUCACCUUUUCAGCUGGGUGGUUUUAAACUAUUGUCUAUUGAAGAAAUGCUUUACUACAAAGAUGUAGAAGACAUGUUGAGAUUCAGGCAGCAACUUUAUGAAGAAAUCACUCUGCAGAGACUGAAAGAGAAAUCUGAUUUGUAAAAAUGUAUGAAAAUGGUAUGGCUUCCCCUGUUCUUUAGUUUUGAAGAGGAUUUAUUGCUUUCAAGCUUUGAGAAACCCAGUACCAAAUGGUACAGACACAUUUAUUGUGUUUCAGUGAAGUAGAAAUAAUGAAAUAGCAUUAGCAGUGUUAUUGUAGCAUAACAUUAAUAAUGCAAAAAUGCAGAUAAACUAUUCUUUUGAUGAAAAAAUUAAUGAAAUAUUUCAAAUCUAUAAAAACACAAAGAGGCAAAUUUUCUUGAAUGUUAUUAAACUUUUGGAUUUUAAUUCUAGUGGGAAACAGAACUUAUUAAUUAGAAGCUUGAUUGCAAGCCACUUAAAAGUUUUUUGAAAGAUGAAUGGUAGCUCUAACAACACCUUCACCUACUCAGGAUUGUUUGUUUUGAAGUGACCAAAAAAGCUGUGUAUUUGAAAGUAUCUUUCUAAAUUGCUGAGUACUGAAACUUCAAAAGAAAAGUUGGUGAGUGCAUUCGUAACAUAAUUCUGUAUUUUAUGCAUGAAACAAGCUCCACACUGAAUGCCAUUUUUGCAAGGGAGGAGUUAAGGCAAAAUAGACUGGAGUACAACAUCUGAAGCUAUAUAUGCCUUUUCAUAUCUUGAACAAUGAAGCCGUGCCUCUUGAACAUUACACUUUUCUAGUUAAUAUAAUAAUACUUCCGCACAAAACUUUUUUUUUGAUUCACCAGGUCUAAAUUUGGAGAAGUCAUUUCAAGGCGUGUUGCUUUCAGUGCAAGCUUCUGGAACAUUCUGUAAAGUUGUUUAUCAUGGACAUAUUAAUAAUAUACUAGAUAUACCCUGGCAUUAUCAUUUCUUGCAAUAAGGCAAAUUAUUCAAAUAAAAUAUUCAAGAGUACCUUUCUCUUUAACUAAAA